AUGCAGCGCCUGCGCAUUCUGCGUCCGCUUAUCGCCAACGCGGUCAUCGCUGAGUGCGUUAUUGAUUCUGGUUCCGAGGCAGUAUUGAUGCGCAGGGAUGUCUGGCUUGCUACCGGCCUUCCGCUCUACGAGGACGAUGCCAUCUCGCUCACGGCUGCAAACUCAACCACCACACGCACGAUCGGCGGUCUCCGCAAUGUGCCCUUCAACAUCGGCGGCAUGGAAGUCUUCCUUCAAGUUCAGGUUAUCGAGCACGCGCCAUGGGAGGUCCUCCUCGGGCGCUCGUUCCUCGCGCACACAUCCUGCAUCACAAGUGACAAGACGGACGGCUCCUCAACGCUCACCCUCACGAACCCCGAGACCGGCGAACGGAUCCGUGUCCCCACGCUCGAGCGCCCGGUCGCCGCUCAUUCGGCUCGCAAUCAGGAUUUUCCGUAA